UGCCGCACUUCCCGAAGGCCCGCGGCUCCGAUUGGCUGUGCACAAAGCUUAAGCUGGGGAGAGGAGGGAGCGCCUGCCCUCGCGUCUGGCCCUCCAGGUGCCCGGCUCCGCGUGCGGGCACUGCGGGUCUGGACAGCUGCAGGGGAGGAUCAGUGCAGAAUGAAAAUGCAGCUCCUGGGGUUGGUGUUCUGUUUGGUCCUUGGGACCUUGCAGUGCGAGGCGUUCAAAGGGAAGCUGGCAGCUGUGGAUCCCGAAACAAGUAUGAAUGUGACUGAAAUUAUCUCUUACUGGGGAUUCCCUAGUGAGGAACACUACGUUGAGACAAAAGACGGCUAUAUUCUCUGCCUUCACCGAAUCCCUCAUGGGAGGAAGAAUUGUGCUGACAAAGGUCCUAAGCCAGUUGUGUUCCUGCAGCAUGGCCUGCUGGCCGAUUCCAGUAACUGGGUCACAAACCUUCCCAACAACAGCCUGGGCUUCUUCCUGGCGGACACGGGUUUUGACGUGUGGAUGGGGAACAGCAGGGGAAACACCUGGUCUCGGAGACACAAGACUUUAUCCCCUUCUCAGGACGAAUUCUGGGCUUUCAGUUAUGAUGAGAUGGCAAAUUAUGACCUAUCAGCUUCCAUUAACUUCAUCCUGAAUAAAACUGGCCAAGAACAAGUGUAUUACGUGGGUCAUUCUCAAGGCACCACAAUAGGUUUUAUAGCGUUUUCACGGAUUCCCGAGCUGGCCAGAAAGAUUAAAAUGUUUCUUGCCCUGGCUCCUGUGGCUUCACUCAAGUUCUCUACUAGCCCUCUAAAUAAAUUAGGAGGCUUUCCAGAUUUUCUCUUCAAGGACUUAUUUGGAGUCAAACAAUUUCUUCCCCAAAAUGCGGUUUUGAAGUGGCUGAGCACAAAUGUUUGCAAUCGUGUCAUUCUGAAGGAACUCUGUGGAAAUGCUCUUUUUGUUCUAUGUGGAUUUAAUGAGAGAAACUUAAACAUGUCUAGAGUGUCGGUGUAUAUAACACACUCUCCUGCUGGAACUUCUGUGCAAAACAUAUUACACUGGAGCCAGGUUGUUAAAUACCAUAAGUUUCAAGCCUUUGACUGGGGAAGCCACGCCAAGAAUUAUUUCCAUUACAAUCAGACUUACCCUCCACUUUACAACGUGAGAGACAUGCUUGUGCCCACCGCCGUCUGGAGCGGGGGUCAGGACUUGCUGGCGGACGUCAACGACGUCAGCAUAUUGUUGCCCCAGAUCACCAACUUGGUGUACAACAAGCUCAUCCCCGGAUGGGAGCAUCUGGACUUCAUCUGGGGCUUGGACGCCCCCUGGCGGCUGUAUGACGACAUGGUGAAGCUGAUGUCGAAACACCUGUGAGCCGCGCCGGCCAAGUUCACCGUCACGGUGCCGGGGAUCAGGCAGGUUAAAACGCGUUCGCUUAAUUUCUCUAAAAUAGUUGUCUUUCCCAGGCUUUUUAUAUUUUUGUGUGCAAUCAGAUUAUGCCAUUGAAGGUGUUCGGGUCCAAUCAUGGUGUAUUAUUUUCCCGUUUUUUGUUUUUUGGUUUUUUUUUGCUUUUUUUUGCUUUUUUUGUCCAAUCAUGGUGUAUUUGAGGCUAGUGCCUCUAACCUACCUUAGCCUUCUUAAGUUUUUUUCAAAAUCCCACUGAUCAUGAAAGAUCCUAACCGUUGUGUAGAGCCUUACAAUUUGAAAAUACAAAUACUGCCUUUUUUGCCUUCAUACAGGACACACCGAGGGUGUGUCGGAGUUUCGAAGCCAGGUGGUUUGUUGGCAGAUAACCUGACGCUGAUUUGAAAAAGCUCAGUGUGUGAAGUAUCCGGUUCUCGUCUCUUUGCCUUAAAGGGCUCUUCAGUCCGGUGGCUUUGUGGUCAUUAGGGAGCCGAAUGCCAUAUUCUUAUGUCCUCAUGCAGCAGGUGCAAAGUCAAAUCCCGUGAUCACCCUGUGGUGCCAGGUGUGAAGAUUCCAUGGUGAAUGUUAUCGAAUCUAAAAAUGUUUAAAUUGCUCAGACCAAGCAGCAUUGUUUGCCGGGGUCUGCAGACAAUAGAUGGCACUCAUUAAAAAAAGACUGAUUCCUGUAUUUUAAAUAGCUUGAAGACUCAUACCUGUAACCAUCUGUCUUCCCGAGUUUGUAAUUGUGUGGCAGGCGAUCCCUCCACUCGUUUGAGAGCAAGAGUGCUGUGUAGAGGCAAUACCGCUCUCUUCCGUGAAAUUACUGUAUUCUCUUGGCCAGCUGUCGUAUCAGCGUCGAUGACCAGACGCAGGAGCCCAGAGGCUGCCCGGGGGGAGCAUCCUAACUCAUUUUCCCACAAGAGAAACAUGAGCGUGAAUGUUUUGAGAUCAGAGCUCAGGGAGUCUCUGUUUUCUAGUUUUCUGUGCAUCCAUAGUUUUAAUUCUGAUUUGCGUGCCUGCUUCAGGACACCCGUAUUCACCCGCUUUCCGCAUUGCGCCGUUGCAACACUGACAGAUGGAUGGAAUGACAGUUGACGUGUUCUUCUGACACAGCUUCUUCAGCUGCAGUAAUAAAGGAUAUUUUACUGAUAUUUACUUAUUUUGCACUGAUAGAUGCAGACAGCAUCCUACUACUUUGUAACACUUAAAAAGCCUUGAACUUUUCAAUAAAACUGAGUAGCCUUGUAGGCCUGAGGGAUUGUGUGUGUAUAUGUGUGUUUUCUCCUUUACUUAAUGGCCAUCCUGUACUUCCCUUUCUCUUCUGGAGGGACUGACACUUUUCUUCCUCAUCUUCUCCCCUCCUCCUUACUCUGAGUAAGCUUCACUGACCCUGCCCUUCAACCUUUGAUCCCUCACCGUGGUGAGGAGGGAGCGGUCUCAAACCUAAGGGAGGGUGGGGCAUAGUUUGGAAACGCUGGCUGUCAACCUGAUCUCACAGGGUUCACUGAGUGAAACUGAGUGGAAACUAAGGAGAGACCUGGGCGCCGGCUGCGGUGGGACCAGGGGUUCAAGGACUGUCUAUCCAGCACCCUCCUCGAGCAAAUGAAGCAGCUGAAGCUGGCAGAGACAAGUCAUGCUAUAGGGUCCCUAAAACAUAGAUUUGUCGGGGGGGGGGGGGUCCUAAGGCGCGUUCUCCCACUACUCUGUGAGCUUGAGGGCAGAUCUGUCUUACUUGUUUCUAUGUAUCCAGAAUCGAACACAAACCCUGGAAUAUGGUGAGUCAAUAAAUCCACGUGGAUUUAUUGUGUGAAAAACGAUACUUUGCCAAUCAGUCAAAUGAAUUUAGAUGCACAAGUAACGUCUGAGAGGGUCGAAGGACUGGAGUGGAAUCUGUGUUUUCCCAUGGCACCCACAGAAAAGAGUCAGAUUUGGGGCGCCAGACGUCCAGCUUCGGCUCAGGCUGUGAUCUCAUGGUUCGUGCGUUCAAGCCCCGUGCCUGCUUGGGAUUCUCUCUUUCUGCCCCUCCCCCAUGCUAGCUCACUCUCUCUCUCUCUCUCUCUCUCUCUC